GGAUUUGGCUUCUGUGCAAUUAACAGGAACUCCAAAUAGAUGGGAGGUCUUGUCUGCAGCUCCUGCCACUAUAAAGGAUGAAGCUGGUAAUAUAGUACAGAUUCCAGGUGCUGCCACAGUAACUUCAAGUGGGCAGUAUGUCCUUCCUAUUCAGAGUUUGCAAAAUCAACAAAUCUUUUCUGUUGCACCAGGAUCAGAUUCGUCGAAUGGUACAGUGUCUAACGUACAAUACCAAGUAAUACCCCAGAUCCAGACAGCGGAUGGUCAGCAGGUUCAACUUGGCUUUGCAGCCUCUUCUGAUAAUAGCAGUAUAAAUCAAGAAACUGGUCAAAUUCAGAUCAUUCCUGGCUCUAAUCAAACCAUCAUUGCCUCUGGAACACCUUCAGCUAAUAUUCAGAAUAUCUUAUCACAGUCUGGUCAAGUCCAGGUUCAGGGAGUUGCAAUUGGUGGUUCAUCUUUCCCUGGCCAAGCGCAAGUAGUUGCUAACGUCCCUCUUGGACUGCCAGGAAAUAUUACUUUUGUACCCAUCAACAGUGUUGAUCUAGAUUCUCUGGGACUUGGCAGUGGUUCUCAAACCAUGACAGCAGGCAUUAAUGCAGAUGGGCACUUGAUAAAUACUGGACAGGCCAUGGAUAGUUCAGAUAAUUCCGAACGGACUGGUGAGCAAGUUUCUCCUGAAAUUACAGAAACAGCCACUGAUAAUGACUUAUUUGUGCCAACAUCAUCUUCAUCACAAUUGCCCGUUACCAUAGACAGUUCAAGUAUAUUGGAACAAAAUGCAAACAACUUGACCACGACUAGUGGUCAAGUUCAUAGUUCUGAUCUUCAGGGAAAUUACAUCCAGACAUCAGUCUCUGAUGACACGCAGGCUCAGAAUAUUCAGGUCUCCACAGCACAGCCAAUUGUACAACACAUACAGCUGCAAGAGUCUCAGCAGCCAACCAGUCAAGCCCAGAUUGUACAAGGUAUUGCGCAACAGACAAUCCAUGGUGUGCAGGCGAGUCAAAGUAUAUCUCAACAGGCUCUUCAAAAUCUUCAACUGCAGCUGAAUCCUGGAACUUUUUUAAUUCAGGCACAAACAGUGACCCCUUCUGGGCAGAUAACCUGGCAGACAUUUCAAGUGCAAGGAGUUCAGAACUUGCAGAACUUGCAAAUUCAGAAUGCACCUGGUCAACAAAUAACUCUAACCCCUGUGCAGACUCUCACUCUUGGUCAAGUUGCAGCAGGUGGGGCGUUGACGUCAACUCCAGUUAGUCUAAGCACUGCUCAAUUGCCAAAUCUACAGACAGUUACAGUAAACUCUAUAGAUUCUGCUGGUAUUCAGCUGCAUCAAGGAGAAAAUGCUGGCAGUCCCGCAG